AAGUAUCAAGUUGUUUUAUGACUUCCUUUUUUCUAUUUAUGAUCAUGUUUUCCAUUAAAUUUUUGAACAUAUCAUGGCUAUUUAUAUAGCUCUCUCAUACAUCCUUUUCUCCUAAUGUCACUGUCUUCUGUCAUUUCUGGGUCUGUUUUUAUUGCUCUCCUCCCCCCACCACCCCACCCCAGUGCUGGGGAUUAAGCCUAGGGCCUUGUACAUGCUAGAUAAGCACUCUACCACUAAGCCACAUCCACCAGCCCUACUAACUUGUCACUCCCCCCACCCCUGGUUAUCAGUCACAUUUUCUUCUUUCUUCUAAUACCUAAUCAUUUUGAUUCAGUGAUUUAAAUUGUGAGGUUUUUAUUUUUGUGUGCUUUUUACUGAAAGUUCGGUCCUUGUCCCUGAUGCCAAUCCAAUAAUGAAGACACAAUUUUGAGAAAAAGGGAAAAGAAGGUUUAUUGCUUUCUAGCAGAGGACAAUCACAGGGGACUCCUGUCCCAUCGCAGGAACAGGGAGCUUUUAUAGAGGUGAUUCAAAGAAAAUGAGAUUAGGGAGGAGAGAUCAGGGAGAAGAAGAUUGGGAAAAAGAAAAAAAAAUGUAAGUUUCAAAGCCACAAGGCAUAUAGUCAAAGCAUCCAGUGAACCCCUCUUACAUUCUGAGUUUUGUUAUUUUCCUUCAGGGUGUUGGACUUUAUUCUGACAGGCAGUUAAUUUAUUUGUGUAUCAUUUUGAUCCUUUUAAAGCUUCAUUAGGAUAGAUUUAGAGUAAUCUUUACUUUGGACUAGUUUGGCCCUACUACUGAGGACCCUUCUUGCAUCUCUACUAAGUGAGCAUUCAGUGAGGACUUUCCAUUCCAAUUGGUUGAAAUGUAGAUGUUUCCUGGUCCUGUGUGAGCUUGGGAGAGUGUAAGGUUUAGUGCUCUAAGAAUUUUUUUUCAACAUUGUGGAAUUUAACUGUAUAUACGCAACUUAGUUUUCAUCAAGAUGUUGCCAAAAGGUCAGUCCUUAACCCUGAUGCCAAUUCAAUAACAAGGACAUGAUUUUGAGAAAAGUUACAUUUAAAAAACCAUUGUUUUGGGCUGAGGUCGUGGCUCAGUGGUAGAGCACUUGCCUAGCAAGUGCAAGGCCCUGGAUUCGAUCCUCAGCACCACAUAUAAAUAAAUAAAAUAAAAGUAUUGUGUCCAAUUUCAACUAAAAAUUAAAAAAAAAAAAAACAUUGUUUUUCCUUUUAAAUGUCCAUGUAGGACUACGCUCUUAGGCUAUGCUGUCCUGCCAGGUGUUAAAGACCAAGUUGGUCAAAACUGACCUUGUUCCUAUCUAUUCUUAAGAGUCAGCUGAGAUUCCUCAGAGAUCACUCGUGGGCACAUGUACAAAGUUUCCUGGUUCUUUUAGCAUUUUUCUAUCAGUGGUGCCACUUGUCAGAAUAGGUCAGGUUUGACUGACCAUAUGUAGCUUCUCUUGGAAGUAUCAGGGACAUUUCCCUCUUCAAUGAUCCUCCUCUUUGCAGAAUGUGCUCUGGUUGGCUUCCUGUUCUCUAGGGUCCUCUCCAUCUCCCUGAUAAGUAGAUCGGAUGACUCAACUAGAGUUGCAGGGCCGAGAGAGGGCUGCCGUCAUUCUUUGGGUCCUGGCUGACUGUAGAGGGCAAGGGCCAAAACGUCAGCUGCUUUUUCCUUGGUUCUUUCAUUUCCUUGACUUUGGUCUCCAAGUUUUUGUUUUUAAACACCCAGCAAGCCAGUUUCAACAGGCUUAAAGAGGGAAUGACUUCAAAAUCUAUAAUUUUACAUUAUCCCUUUCAUUUAAUUGGGGUCAGUGUUAGUGCUCCAAGUCAGCAUUGUAUAGUAUCAUUUAGUGUCUGUCCUGUAGGUGAUAGCUUAUUAUCUCAAAUUAACCAGUUUCUUUCUUUCUUUCUUUCUUUUUUUUUUUUUUAAAGAAGCAGUACCUUUGCAAAACACUAACAGGCAACAGUUAUAAAGUUUACAAGGAAAAUGCAAAAUGAAGAGCAAAAACAUAUUCAGUUUGUGUAAUAGCUAUGAACAAAGAGAAAAAUCUUGAACCUUUACUUAGUUAUACAUUAUAUCCCCUGUUUGAAAUCACAAUAAUCUUUACAACAAAAAAUCAGUCUUUUGAACACAACUUUAAAUGAGCUGAAGUCUAGCUUAUUUUGGAGCCAUUCUAACAUGGAGUAAGGUGGGAGGCAGAGCCUUAUUUCAGGUAAGGGAGAGGGGCUUUUCACAAUUAAUACAAUACAGCAUUACACCUGAAACUUGAAUUACAGACAGGCUAAGUUCAGAGAGCUUUUAACUUUCUUUUUGUGGAAGAAGUGGCAGAAUGGUUCCAUGUUUUACAGUGUCACCUUUAAACAGAUCAGGCUUUCCUUAAUACCUUCCAAAAAUACAUUUAAAUUUCAAUUCCAGUGUGAAGAGUAACACAAAAUUGAAUAUAUAACUUAUUGACAACAGAUUACUUUAUCCAGGCAUAAAACAUCAAAUGACAUGAACAAAUACCAACCAAAUUUGUUAUUUUUAUUGGAGAUCUUUGCUAUACAUAAUUUUAGUUUGGAGAACAGUCUGGCUCUCCUAAGUUUUACAUUUAUCUUAAGUUGAAUUUUUAAAGUACAAUUUAGAAUCUAGAGUGUACAAUAAUAAUAGUCACAGGUCUGCAUGGGUUGAUAAAAAUCUAAGAAUAGCCUUAAAUCUCUUAUACAUUUAGGUAACAGAGUUCAUCAUCAGAAAUUGACUUUAGGAAACAGUGUUCACCAUCAGAAAUUGACUUAAUCAAAGCAAACAGGUAUAAGACAGGUCUUCAAAUGACAGUGUGGCCCUUCUAUGUCAGAUACAAUGUAAAAAAGAGCACUUACUGGUUAUCUUGCCAGUAACAUUACAUAAACUUUCAUUUUAUAGACAUUUACAUAACUCUUAGACAAGGCUUAGAAAGAGAGUUCUCAGAUACAUACGUAUACCUAGUCACCUAUAUUUAGGGUGUCAACUAUAUUGUUAUAACCUAAAUAACAGUUGUUUGUUUAACCAGUUACAAAGUAAUCAUUUAAGACUUUAAAACAGGUACAAACUCUAAUUACUAACAAAUGCAAGAAAAUUAUCUCAGUAGAUAAGAGCAUAUCAAUGUUUCAAGCUUUGCUUCAUAUCAGUACAUUGAAGUUCAAGUAACUUUGUGCUUAUUAUAGCCAAUUUAAUCAUAAACACAAAUUUUUUGAGAUUUACCUUCGACAAACCUUCUGUGACAUUCUUAGACAUUCACAACUUUACAUCCUUAGUUUUGUCUUCUUUCAUCUUGGAAUUUAGCCCCAGAAUAUUACUUUACCCACAUAAAAUACUUUCUCAUCCAGAAACAUUUCUUUUGCCUUCUGAUUUUCCAUACUAAAAUAUAUUUUUUAUACCUAUAACUUUCUUUUAUCUUUUCAAGUUUUGGAUCCUUUCUUAAAUUCAUAUUCUGAAACAGACCUUAUGAAUGUUAUCUGUGCAUUUAAUUUACACAAGUUAUUUUAUCCCAGGAAAGGGUUGGGCAAUCCAGCAUAUACAAAAAACAAACAAAAAAACCCCUAUGCUUUUUUCUCCCAGGUUGCAUUCAAGGUGUUGGGGCACAGGAAAUUUUUGAGCCUGACCUGUCUCCGUUAUCAUUAUCACAAUGCCAUCAACUUUAAGUUGCACUUCCCCCAGCUGGCCCUGCGAAGGAGGCUAGGCCAGCUGAGCUGCAUGUCCAGACCUGCCCUGAAACUGCGCUCCUGGCCCUUGACUGUUCUCUACUACCUCCUGCCCUUUGGUGCUCUCAGGCCACUCAGCCGGGUGGGAUGGAAGCCUGUGAGCAGGGUGGCCCUGUACAAGUCAGUGCCAACACGUUUGCUGUCACGGGCCUGGGGUCGCCUCAACCAGGUGGAGCUGCCGCACUGGCUGCGCAGGCCUGUCUAUAGCCUGUACAUCUGGACCUUCGGGGUGAACAUGAAGGAGGCCGCUGUGGAGGACUUGCACCACUACCGCAACCUCAGCGAAUUCUUCCGGCGCAAGCUGAAGCCACAGGCCCGGCCUGUCUCUGGGCUGCACAGUGUGAUCAGCCCAUCGGAUGGGAAGAUCCUCAACUUCGGGCAGGUGAAGAACUGUGAGGUGGAGCAGGUGAAGGGGGUCACUUAUUCCUUGGAGUCAUUCCUGGGCCCUCGCACCUACAUGGAAGACCUGCCUUUCCCACCAGCCUCUUCAUGUGACUCCUUCAGGAACCAGCUGGUUACCCGGGAAGGGAAUGAACUCUACCACUGUGUCAUAUACCUGGCCCCUGGGGACUACCACUGCUUCCACUCACCCACUGACUGGACUGUCUCCCAUCGGCGCCACUUCCCAGGCUCCCUGAUGUCAGUGAACCCUGGCAUGGCUCGCUGGAUCAAAGAGCUCUUCUGCCAUAACGAACGGGUAGUUUUGACAGGAGACUGGAAACAUGGCUUCUUCUCGCUGACAGCUGUGGGGGCCACCAACGUGGGCUCCAUUCGCAUCUACUUUGACAGGGACCUGCACACAAACAGCCCAAGGUACAGCAAGGGGUCCUACAACGACUUCAGCUUUGUGACGCAUACCAACAAGGAGGGAGUCCCCAUGCGCAAGGCCUCUGCCCGGAGUAGUAUCUGCUGCACAGCUCCAGACACGUGCAGAGUGGCCAGCUAUGGACUUAAGGCAGAUGUGACUCCAGGUGUGCAUGGUCACCAGACACUGGAUCUUGGAAGACCGCCAUUAAAGCCUCACUUUUGUACUUCCUGUCUCUGAGUCCAUUCUUUGGGACUAGGCAACAGGAUGACUUGAAAUUAGGACAUUCUUCACUCUCCAGAAGAGAAGAAAUAGUGACAGGUGAACAGUGUAUACGUGGAGUUUUCAGAUAACUUCACCUGAAUGAGAAAUCUGUCUUCAUCAGGACCUCAGACAUCUGACAGUUUUGUGGCACACCAAGAUAACAAAUUUAUAUCCUGAUGUCUUAAGAAGAUGAAGUAAAACAUUCAAGUAGUU